AUGAGGCAGUGGGAGCGGGAGUCCAUCAGGCUGAUGGGCGUCAGCGCCGCGGCGUUCCGCCUGCUGGGCAUCUGGCCGGACGGGGGGCGUCGCGACGGCGGGCGCCGCGACGGCGACGGCCCGGUGGGAGCCCUGCUGCUGGCGGCCAACGACGUGUCUCUGGGCGUCUUCGCGCUGGCCUACGUGCUCAUGGAGAGCGCACGAGACCUCAAGAGCCUCAGCGACGCCUUCUUCGUCAUCGCCACUUCCGUCUCUGUCAGCAGCAGGAUCUUUCUGUUGACGGGGCAGAAGGACCUGAUGCAGGAGCUCGUGACGCUGCUGAUGAAGGCCAGGAAGAGCUUCCCAGAAUCUGUGCCAGGAAUCCGGGACCGCUACCAGAGGCUGGCCAUCAUCAUGUUCCGCAUCUGGCAGGUUCUGCCGAUGUUCCCGCUGACUCUGUGGGUGCUGGAGCCGGUUCUUCUGGUGAAGUUCUCCACUCGAGAAGCGAACGUUACUGCAGAGUCCCUGAGGAACACCCCACUACCCAUAUGGGUGCCCAUCGACAUCCACCGGUCCCCCAACUACGAAAUCACCUACGCGCUGCAGGCUACAAGUUUAAUUCUCGCCAUCGGGUUCAACGGUUUCUUUGAUAUUAUUUACGUAGUCUUUAUGGUCCACAUCACAGCCGAAUUAGACGUUCUGAACCAAAACAUCUCGCGUAUGAAGACUGGAGGGGAGGAAAACGCAGCGGAUAGCAGGGGACAGUAUAACACUAGAGUCAAGCUCGAAUCUGAUUUCAAAUCAGCUAUGGUACCUGUACAGUUUCGUCAACAUUUAUCUUCAUUUCCUGGAGACUUGGGAGAAGAAGACAGGAUGUACUUUAUUUUGGUGGAGAACAUUAAACACCAUCAACUGAUCUUGGUGUAA